AUGGAGUCAUCAAAGCCAUUCAAUCCCAUCAACCUCAAGCCCUCUUCUCCUAAUUCAUUCCUUUCCCCCUAUAAAUUCAAAGCCUUUUGCCAUUUCGUCACUGUUGCCUCAUCUGAGCCGUCUCCAGUUGUCCAUUCCACCGCUACCAAUCAGUCCCGGAACGUUAGCUUUUCUGAGGAAUCCGAAACUCAAAUCCAUGUUGAACAAGUCGGAAGCCCCUUCGUGGGUCCGUCAAAUUUUGGAUUUCCCAAGUUGAGUACAAGCGAUCAGGCCUUCUCUCUCUUGCUUUUCAUUGCUGUCACGACUACUGCAUCACUGGUAGGCUUUCUUGCUGCAGCAAUUCCCACCUUGUUUGCCAUGCGUAGGGCAGCAAUUUCUGUUGUAAAACUGGCUGAUACUGCUCGUCAAGAGGCCCCUAGCACAAUGGCUGCUAUUAGGCUACUAGCUUGGAGAUCAGUGAUCUCACCUAUGAAUUGA